CGUACACUGUCCAUUUCAUUAACGUACGCAGGGACUGCAGCGGGCAACAGUAGUAGAGUGAGUAGAGUUCUUCUGGAAACGCUAGCAAGAGCAAAACACUGUCUAUUCGUAUGUACUCCGAUGAAGUAGGGAUAUAGCAAUGAACCCUCGGGUAGCGAGAUCGAUGUGUUGCUCCUAGCUGGUCGUCGUGUAUUGCGGAGCGAUGUUCAGACACCUGGGAAUUUGAGAGCGGGAUGGAUGGAUAUACACGAUAUAUGCUUUACCGCCAUGUCGUGGGAGAUCGAACGAGAUGAGUGAAGCACACCUCUGCACACGACUCACACACGCACACACGCACAAACAGACAGCGACUCACCCAAUGCUGUAAGUAGAAGUAAGGUCCUUAAACGAUCACGACCAACAGCGAGAAGUUCCCCCUUGCUUCCCUUCGCCUUGAUUGCUUUGAACUCUGUGGAACGAGCAGUGCUAAAUCAUAUCGAGACUCGAGAGCAUCCCGCUCUAGUUCUCUGGAUUCACGUGCAUAGCUGGUGUUGUUAUCGCCGGGGUUUUGCUCAAGUGAAGUGAUGUCAAAAAUGAGGAAAGCUCGGGCCACCUCCUUAAAGGAGCCGGCCUCUCGAAAGGCCUCGGGUAUGGCCCAUCUUCUCAGUGCUUUACAUCAAAAUGCCGCAGCCGUGGUCAACUCGAAAUCCCAACUCAAUGGACCUGAUCAGGUGCUCAUUUCCGAGAGUUUCAGCACCACUCGACGCAACGAAAGCGUCAAAGUGCGUCAUGAAGAUCAAGGACUGGGCUCGGAGGAACCCAUUUCUAUCCCCACCAUGUUCAGAGAUAUCUACGAGGCCUAUCCUGAUACCGUGGCGCUUCGAGCCAAAUGCGAGGGCAAAUUAAAGGAGUGGACCUAUGAGCAGUACUACGAAGAGGUCAGGGUCGUGGCAAGAGCCUUCAUUCAUCUUGGUCUUCAUCGACACCAUUCCGUAGCGAUCAUGGGGGCCAAUUCUCCGGAAUCGGUCAUUGCCAACUUGGGUGCUAUUUUCGCAGGCGGGAUCUCCAUGGGACUUCAACGCCAAUUAUGUUCGGAUGACAUUGCCAAAAUCGCGAUCGAUGCCAAGGCGGAUGUCAUUGUGGUGGAGAAUGAGGCCAUCUUGAAGCGAAUCCUCUUGAUCCAGCACAAACUUCCCGAGCUUCGAGCCAUCAUACAAAUUCAGGGUGAGCCAUCGCUCUCAGACAAACGCAGGCUUCAUCGCACACACAAAAAGCAUAUCUUGUCGUGGACUCAGGCUUUGGAUAUUGGGAAGGAAACCAACGAAGGGCAUUUGGACGACCGGCUCAUCCGAGUAGCCAUCAACCAAUGUUGCACACUGGUUUACACGUCGGGCGCAUCGGGAGGUCCGAAAGGGAUCAUGCUCUCGCAUGAUAAUCUCACAUGGUCAUCCAAAAUGCUCUUAGGCGUGCUGCGAGCUCCGGGUUUUAACCGACUUCCAUCGCCUGGGGAGGAGAUCAUUCUCAGCUUGUUGCCGGCUUCGUCCGUUACCGCUCAUAUCCUGGAUAUCUAUUACACCAUGAGCAUUGCCGGUACACUUUGCUUUUACGACGAAGACAUAUUGAACGACAUGAGCUCGUUCUUUGACGCCGUUGCCACCAUCCAGCCCACUGUUUUCUGUGCCUCACCCCACAUUUACGAGCGUAUUUACCAACGCUUCCGAGAGAAUCGCCGACAAAUGUCCGGCUUUCAAAAACUCUUCUUGGAUUGGUCCAGUAGUACAGUCCGGAUGAAACAUGUGCGAGGUCGGAUUCCCAACCAGACGGCCAACUCGGGCAUUCUCAACCAAUGGCAAACGGCCAUGGCUAAGAACACGGUUUGCAAGAAACACAAAGAGGCCUUGGGAUUUCAAGCUCGAACGGUGUUUCUGUCGAUUGGUGAACCAAUGUGCAAGGAGAUCCUCACCUUUUUGGCAGGCUAUGAUAUUGUCAUACACGAGAUGUAUGGAUAUCCCGAGACUUGUGGACUCCUAUCGGCUAACAUCCCGAAAAGGUAUUGCAAAUUGGGGACAUCUGGCAAGGCUGUUCCUGGGGUAAAAGUGAAACUGAUUCCUACUCAAGUGGUCCAGCCGUUGAUUGACGAUGAUCAUACCGAAGCUGGAGAGAUUGCGACCUGGGGGCGCCAUAUCUUUAUGGGCUACCUAAAUCGAGACGGAGAUACGAAAGAUUGCUUAACUUCGGACGAUUGGCUCAAGUUUGGCGUGGCUGGAUUAAUGGACACGGACGACUUUCUUUUGGUGCAAGGGAAACCCUCGGACUGGAUUCGACUCAAAAGCGGCGAACUCAUUUCCCCUCAGAGGAUAGAGCAACUUGUCCGAUUGGAAAUUCCGUCGGUGCAGCACGUGGUCUUAGUCGGAAAUGGUGAAACCCAUCUGGCUGCUUUACUUACACUCCAGACCAAAAUCGAGGAGGUUUCUCAAACCCCGACAAAAGAGCUCUCGGAGGAAGCCAAGAGAUGGUGUCGACAUGCCAAGUACGAUCUCCAUUUCGUGGCCGAAGUGGUCGAAAAGCUCGAGCUUGGACUUCAGCACGCAUUCCAAGCGGGAAUUGAUCGGGCUAAUCUCGGUGCUUCGUCUCUGUCACACACGAUUGGAGAUUGGAGACUAAUUCCUGAGGCUUUUAAGUAUCAGACUGGCGAACUCGGACUGGGAAUGGAAUUGAUUCGCCCAAACGUCAUGGAAAACAAUAUCACAUGCAUUCGCUCGCUUUUCAUUCAUGAGGGAACCGUAUGUUCCAAUGACCAAUCAAAUUUGCUUCAAAUUCAAGUCACAUUGAGCCCUCAGUUAUCGCAGAUCAAGGAGGAAGACGAGAGCAAGGCCUCCUCGCGAACCUCGAUCGAUCGUUUGCGCGAUGAAGUCGUGGUCAUCGCCAAACGAGAGCAAGACACGAACGAGAUUGAAACGGUGGAAGUGCACUAUGACGGAGAAAUCACCGAAUCCUCAGAGACAAGCGAUGCAUCGUCUAAAAGCUCAUUUGGGAGGAAAAUCUCAGAUUCGCUCAAUAACAACGAACUGUCAAACGAUAUCGUGAAGGCGAGAAUCACGAGGAAGUAG